CGUACAGUUGUGGAAUUAUUGCCCACUGUGUAAAGCAAACAGGUAGAGAGCGUACCCUGUUCUUAAAAUGAAGAGAAGAAUCGAUAAAUCUGAAAGCAAGGCUACAGCAGCAGGAAAAGAGCAGCGAACGGGCCGUCAUAAAUCUAAGGAUUUAAAUGUGCAGUCAAGAUCACAGUGGUGUGCGUGGACUAAAAUGGGAUUUCUUACACUCUGCAGCCUCUUUGUGACUAUACCAUUUCUUCUGCCAUACUUCUCUGAUUCUGUUGACCUCAGUCGGCCUUCAGAUGUAGGUCUCAAUUAUACUAUAAAUAUAUACCUUAAACCUGAGGAAGGGGUGAGGGUGGGCGUUUGGUAUACUGUGCCUAGACAUAAAUGGGAGGAGUCAAAGGGACAAGAUCUAGAGUGGUUUGAGAAGGCGCUGGGGGAUGGAUCGCCCAUUUUCAUUUACCUGCAUGGCAAUGCGGGCAACAGAGCUUCACCUCCACAUCGCAUUGGAAUUGCACAUGUCUUAAGUGGUGCUGGAUAUCAUGUCCUAGCUAUGGACUACAGAGGUUUUGGGGACUCUACUAGUGAACCCACAGAGCGUGGUCUGACUACGGAUACCUUACACUUGUACAAUUGGGUUAAGGCACGCAGCGGAAACAGUCUGGUGUGUGUGUGGGGUCAUUCACUUGGUUCUGGUGUUGCAACAAACACUGCAGUGAAAUUACAGGAGCAAGGAAAACAUUUUGAUGGAAUAAUACUUGAGGGGGCAUUUACAACGGGAAAGGGAGGAUAUCAACACCCCUUUACUUGGUUUUAUUGGAAGUUCCCAUACAUUCAGUACUUUCUUUUCAAUCCAUUAAAAGACAACAUUUUGGAACUCCCAUCUAAUGAAAAUUUGAAAAAAAUCAGAACUCCCCUUUUGAUUCUUCAUGCUGAAGAUGAUCCAAUAGUGCCCUUUGACAUGGCUAAAGAGCUAUACAGCAUAGCAAAAAAUGCUCAGAAAUCAGACAAAAGAGUCAAGCUGAUAUCAUUUGAGUCAUCACUUGGAUAUGUUCACAACAAGCUCUAUAAAGACCCUCGUUUGCCAGAUAUCAUAAGGGAGUUUGUGCAGUCACUGAUGGCAUAAUACAGACACAAAGAAGAGGCGGUUUCAUGAGAGUUGCCCUAGCUGUACCUGUUAAUAACACUUGUUUUAAACAUGUACCUCUAUAUACAUACUGUAACUGAAUCGUGACUUAAUCGUGACUUACUAUUGUUUAACAUAAUAUUUUAAAUACUCAUUUCUCUGUAAAGUGAAAUCCUUUUUUAUCAGUUUAUUUCUGUACCUGAAUUAUAUGUUUUCCAUUGUAAACUAUUUUACAGUAUUAUAAUUUAAUAAAUUUA